GCUCGUAAAUCUCUCGUUACAAUCUCUUGCAGUGGAUCUCGGAGGGAAGUCUCUUGCUCUGUCAUCGCUUCGCAGCCGCCUCCCGUUCAAUCAGUAAUCCGCGGGGUGGUGCCUGCGCGGGGUUGAGCAACCUCUCUGAUCGCCAUGGGGGACGCAGGCGUGGAAGCGACGAUCGCGCCUCCCGAGGGCAGCGUACUGCAGGACUCCUUCUUCAGCAUGACCGACGUGUUCCUCAUCUCCCUCAUCACCGGGCUUCUCACCUACUGGUUCUUCUUCCGCAAGAAGAAGGAGGAGAUCCCCGAGCUCCCCAAAAUCCAGACAGUACCAUCCUCACCGAGAGACAGCAGCUUCAUUGAGAAGAUGAAGAAGACGGGACGAAACAUCGUGGUUUUCUAUGGCUCCCAGACGGGCACGGCGGAGGAGUUUGCCAAUCGCCUCUCCAAGGACGCUCACCGCUACGGCCUCCGCGGCAUGGCGGCGGACCCAGAGGAGUAUGACUUGUCGGACCUGAGCCGCCUCUCCGAGAUCGAUAAGUCCCUGGCCGUGUUCUGCAUGGCCACUUACGGGGAGGGCGACCCCACGGACAAUGCCCAGGACUUCUACGACUGGCUGCAGGAGGCGGACGCUGACUUGUCGGGUCUCCGCUUCGCAGUCUUUGGGCUGGGGAACAAGACGUACGAACACUUCAAUGCCAUGGGGAAGUACGUGGACAAGAGACUGGAGGAGCUUGGAGCUCAGCGCAUCUUUGAACUUGGGCUGGGAGACGAUGAUGGCAACCUGGAAGAGGACUUCAUCACCUGGAGGGAGCAGUUCUGGCCGGCCGUGUGCGAGCACUUUGGGGUGGAGGCCACAGGAGAGGAGUCCAGCAUCCGCCAGUACGAGCUGGUGGUGCACACGGACGUGAACAUGAACAAAGUGUACACGGGUGAGAUGGGCCGUCUCAAGAGCUACGAGAACCAGAAGCCACCAUUUGAUGCCAAGAACCCCUUCCUGGCUGUGGUUACAGAGAACCGUAAGCUGAACGAGGGUGGAGAGCGGCACCUCAUGCACCUGGAGCUGGACAUCUCCAACUCCAAAAUCAGGUACGAGUCUGGGGACCACGUGGCUGUGUACCCGGCCAAUGACUCAUCUCUGGUGAAUCAGAUCGGCGAGAUCCUGGGCACGGACCUGGAUACGAUCAUGUCCCUGAACAACUUGGACGAGGAAUCCAAUAAGAAACACCCCUUCCCCUGCCCCACGUCGUACCGCACAGCCCUGACGUACUACCUGGACAUCACCAACCCGCCCCGCACCAACGUGCUCUACGAGCUGGCACAGUACGCCACCGACAGCAGCGAGCAGGAGCGCCUCCGAAAAAUGGCAUCGUCCACUGCGGAGGGGAAGGCUCUCUACCUCAGCUGGGUGGUGGAGGCCCGGAGGAACAUCCUGGCCAUCCUGCAGGACAUGCCCUCGCUGCGCCCCCCCAUCGACCACUUGUGUGAGCUCCUGCCCCGCCUGCAGGCCCGCUACUACUCCAUCGCCUCCUCCUCCAAGGUUCACCCCAACGCCAUCCACAUCUGCGCUGUGACGGUGGAGUACGAGACCAAGACGGGGCGGCUGAACAAAGGGGUGGCCACCAACUGGCUCAAAAGCAAGGUGCCCAACGAGAACGGGAGCAACUCCCUGGUGCCCAUGUACGUCAGGAAGUCCCAGUUCCGCCUGCCCUUCAAGCCCAGCACGCCCGUCAUCAUGAUCGGACCGGGGACUGGCAUAGCCCCCUUCAUCGGCUUCAUCCAGGAGCGGGCCUGGCUCAAACAGCAAGGCAAGGAGGUGGGCGAGACGGUGCUGUACUACGGCUGCCGCCGCGAGCGCGAGGACUACCUGUACCGCGAGGAGCUGGCCCGCUUCCAGCAGGAGGGCGUCCUCACCCAGCUCAACGUCGCCUUCUCCAGGGACCAGGCUGAGAAGGUUUACGUGCAGCACUUACUAAAGAAGAACAAGGAGAACAUCUGGAAGCUGGUGAACGACGGCAAUGCUCACAUCUACGUGUGUGGGGAUGCCCGCAACAUGGCCCGGGACGUACAGAACACUUUCUACGAGAUCGUGGCUGAGUAUGGGAACAUGAGCCAGUCCCAGGCCACGGACUAUGUAAAGAAACUGAUGACUAAGGGCCGCUACUCUUUGGACGUCUGGAGCUAAGAGCGGGGCUGGUGGGGCCAGGGAGAGAACGGGUCCCCAGGAACGGGCCUGUGGGAGGCAGAAGGUGCCUGCCUGCCCGCUGCGCCCGUGGGCGACUGCCUCGUCCCCAGCCUACAGCGACCCCAGCGUCACCCCCAGCCCCUCCUGGGCUGCAGCCGUCUCCAGGGCAGGCUGCGCGUCCCAGGGGGCGGAAGGGGUUGAGAGGGGCAGGGGGUGGCUGGGGCUUUGUCCCCGGUGUUCGCCUUGGGGUUGGUGACAGCCGAUGCUGGGCAGGAGGGACGGGUGGCACCAGGGGAGCUCUGGGCUCCUUCCUGCACACGAGGUGCUGCCUUACUCCUCGUGCCAAGCAGC